AUGGCUGGUCCUGUGAAAGAAAAGAAUGGCUUGAUAACCCUACUAUGGCGCUUGGCCCUUAUAAUAGCUCUUGUGAAACUUGUCUCAGUCCAGUUUAUUCUCCUUUCCGGUGCUUUUUUUUGCUAUCUCAUCUAUGCCCUAUCCAAGAUUCAACACCGCAGAAUAACCGAGCACAAUGAACCAAGGAGAUUCAAAUUCUUAGAUGAGUCUAUGUGGCAGGAGCAGUGCUCGGAUCUUUGCAUUGAUCAGGAGGAUAUUCUGUCGCUGAUGUUUCCCGACUCAUUUUUGGUUUCGGAGUCUCUUCAAGAAUUGGUCAAUUUGAUCGUUGAUCAGUUUGUCAGUCUGUGGUUUUGCAAGGUAUCUGACGACACUUUAUUUACGGACUCGGUCCAGCUAGAACUACGGCACGUUAUUCUCAACUUGAAAACAAGGCUAGCAAGAUUGGAUGUGCCUAGCUUUCUUGUUUUCUCCAUCCUCCCUUUAAUCUCAAGGCACUACGCCGACUUUGUGGCGAUACAGCAAAAACAUGGAUCUUCCUAUUCAAUUGAAAGUAAGCUUCGUGUCGCUUCGGUUUUUCCCGCAGAAAGGAUACAUCGAGGAGUUUCCAUGCUGCUUCCAGGCCCCAGAGUGAAGGAGAAAAACUACUUUAGAAGUACCGUUCUGAAGUUCCUCCCUCUUCUUCUCUCAGAAAAGGAAAACAACAACAAAGUGAUCUUAUCUUUGCUUAGAGAAAUACUCUCUUGCACAGUUUUGACCAACGUGUUUGAGAUGGUGAGCGAAGGAGACUUUUUCAAUCAGAUGAUUGUCAAACUUAUAGGCGAUAACUUGCAACACAGAGAUCAAGUGAAGAAACUUCGAGCAGCAUUGGAGCAACAUACAAUGCAAAUGGACUAG